GCCCGGCGCCAUUGCACGAAGUGGCUGGGCGAGCGGAGGGAGAACCCUGGGCUCAAGACUCGAGGCCGGUUGCGGGAAAUAUGCGGAGGAGGGGGCUCGGCGCAGGGAAGGACUCAAGCAUGCUAUUACCAAUCAAUUCCAUGACUGCACAAUGAACUGUAACACCAGUGUCAAUAGAAGUGGGGGAAACAGCACUACCCAUGAAGAUGGUGGAUUCGUCAUUGCAUCAGUUGCCAUCAUUGUUAUUGCUGUGUUGAUCUUUCUGGGAAACCUGGUGAUUGUUGUAACUUUAUACAAGAAAUCUUACCUCUUGACACCGAGCAACAAGUUUGUCUUCAGUCUGACACUUUCUAAUUUUCUGCUGUCUGUUCUGGUGCUGCCUUUUAUUAUCGCAAGCUCAAUCAAGCGAGAAUGGAUCUUUGGGGUGGUGUGGUGCAACUUUACAGCACUGCUCUGCAUGCUUAUCAACUCUGCCAGUAUGAUGACCCUUGGAGUCAUUGCAAUAGAUCGGUACUAUGCUGUUGUCUACCCAAUGGUAUAUCCUAUGAAAAUAACUGGAAACCGUGCUGUUGUUGUGAUUGUAUACGUUUGGCUGCACUCUCUAAUUGGAUGUCUUCCUCCUCUCUUUGGCUGGUCGGCAUUUGAGUUUGACCAAUUCAAGUGGAUCUGUACAGCUGCAUGGUACAAAGGAGUAAGUUACACUGUCUUUUGGCAGAUAUGGUGUGGACUGUUGCCAUUUUUAGCCAUGGUCAUUUGCUAUGGAUUUAUAUUUCGUGUGGCCAGGCUCAAAGCGCGGAAGAUUCACUGUGGAACUAUCAUUGUUGUGCAAGAAGAAUCCAAUAAGGAUGGAAGAAAAAAUUCAAACUCCUCUACCUCUUCAUCAGGAAGCAGAAGGAACACCAGCAAUAAUAUUGUUUAUUCAGCCAAUCAAUGCAAAGCCCUGACAACUAUUGUGAUUGUGAUUGGAGCUUUUGUUGUCACAUGGGGACCUUACAUGAUAGUGAUUAGCACUGAGGCACUUUAUGGUAAAGGCACUGUGUCUCCAGGACUGGAGACACUGGUAACAUGGCUGUCCUUUACUAGUGCUAUAUGUCAUCCACUUAUCUAUGGCCUGUGGAACAAAACGGUACGCAAAGAGCUGCUAGGGAUGUGCUUUGGUGACAGAUACUACAGGGAUUCAUUUGUUCAACGUCAGAGGACUUCCAGGUUAUUCAGCAUCUCCAAUCGCAUCACAGAUUUGGGAUUGUCCCCCCAUCUAACAGCCCUGAUGGCUGGUGGACAAUCACUAGGUCAUAGCAGUAGUACUGGGGACACCGGAUUUAGCUUCUCUCAGGACUCAGGCACUGAUGUCAUGCUAUUGGAAGAUUUCAGUUCAGAUGGAACUCAUUAUUCAUACCACAAUAACUAUCCAAACAGAAGACGAAGUUCUGUGACAGUUGGUGAGCUCCCAGAAUCACAAGAGGAGGUUGACCAUUCUUCAGUCCUACAAAUCAAGGCAGAUGUUCACAAAACUCUGGACAAUUUUGCUGCCAGUUUGGCCAAAGCUAUUGAGAUGGAUGCCAAAAUGAGCCUAUUUGGGGAGAAUUGUUUGCCUGGAGAUUUGUUUACUGUUAUUAAAACUGUACCUGGAGGUACCAGCAAAGGAAACAAAAUCUCAGCAGAUCAGAGAUUGAGGCUGGAGAGUAUAGAUGAAGGAAUUGUUAAUGAUGGCACAGAGGAAGAGAAUGCUCUGGAGGAUUAAAGCAAACAUUCAAUGUAGAAAAGACAUUACAUAUAUUUCUGGUGCAUUACAUGGCUGAGGCUUAAAAAAUAUCUAUUAGUAUGCCUUCAUUUGUUGUACAAUUAUUCAAGUAUUGAUAUUUAAAAUUAUAGGCAAAGAAUUCAAGCAGUAGAAAGAUAUCAAGUGGAAGAAGCCAAAGAGGUUGACAUCUGCACCAUCUUAUUGCUAAUAACUUGGCUUACAGAGAAUGAAAUGCUCCUUUCCUCUAGGUUUGCUGCGAUUGUGCUAAUUCUAGAAAAUAAAUAUUUUUGCCUUCCA